AUGGGCUUUGCUCGAUAUAUCAUCCCACGACGAAAGGAAAAUGUUUUAAAUUUUCUUAUUGUUCUUGCGUUUUGUGCUGGCGUCGUUUUUUACAUCAGGCUGGAAAAUGAAAACCGGUUCCUGAGUAGGAAAGAGUCCAGACCAUCAAAACGGUCAUGGGAGCCGCCUCCAGUUGCACCAGGAGCACCUGGAGAGAACGGACUGGGUGUGGCAUUGCAGGGAGAGGACAAAAAACAAGGGGAAGAUGAUAUGAAGAAAUGGUUUAUGAAUGUGAGAGCGAGGUAA